GCUCUGCGUACGCGACGUCGGCCGUAAGCACGCGGGGAGCGGGCUGGCGAGCUAGCGGACGCGCGGACGGGAGCCGGGCUGCAACGGCGUGUCUCCAAGUUGCGUAGCAGAGAGGGCACGAGGAUGGCCGAGGCCUCGGACAGGCUUUACCGAGUCGAGUACGCCAAGAGCGGCCGCGCUUCAUGCAAGAAAUGCGGCGAUAGCAUCGCCAAGGACUCGCUGCGGAUGGCCAUCAUGGUGCAGUCACCCAUGUUCGACGGGAAGGUCCCGCACUGGUACCACUUCUCCUGCUUCUGGAAGGUCGGCCACUGCAUCCGGCACCCUGAUGUCGAGGUGGAGGGGUUUUCUGGACUGCGGUGGGACGACCAGCAGAAGAUCAAGAAGACGGCGGAGGCUGGAGGAGUGACAGACAAAGGUGCAGAUGGAGGUGGCAGCAAGAUGGAGAAGACACUGGGGGACUUUGCAGCGGAGUACGCCAAGUCCAACAGAAGCACGUGCAAGGGCUGCAUGGAGAAGAUUGAGAAGGGCCAGGUGCGCCUGUCUAAGAAGAUGCUGGACCCAGAGAAGCCUCAGCUGGGCGUGAUCGACCGCUGGUACCACCCAGGCUGCUUCGUGAAUAACAGGGAGGAGCUGGGGUUCUGUGCUGAGUAUACCGCGAGCCAGCUAAAGGGCUUCAGCCUCCUCACUGCAGAGGAUAAAGAAGCCCUGAAGAAGCAUCUUCCAGGAGUCAAGAGUGAAGGAAAGAGAAAAGGCGAUGAGGUGGAUGGAAUGGACGAAGUGGCCAAGAAGAAAUCUAAAAAAGAGAAAGACAAGGAUCGUAAGCUUGAGAAGGCUCUCAAGGCCCAGAAUGAGCUGGUAUGGAACCUCAAGGAUGAGCUAAAGAAAGUGUGCUCCACCAACGACCUGAAAGAGCUGCUGCUCUUCAACAAGCAGCAAGUACCAUCUGGGGAGUCGGCGAUCCUGGACCGAGUGGCCGAUGGCAUGGUGUUUGGCGCCCUCCAUCCCUGUGAGGAAUGCUCAGGCCAGCUAGUCUUCAAGAGUGAUGCUUAUUACUGUACCGGGGAUGUUACUGCCUGGACCAAGUGUAUGGUCAAGACACAGACACCCAGCCGAAAGGAGUGGGUGACCCCAAAGUUUUCUGAGUUCACAGAUAUUAAAGACCCAUUUGUGGUAUUUGAAUUCCGAGAAAUCUCUUACCUCAAGAAACUGAAGGUCAAAAAGCAGGACCGUAUAUUCCCCCCUGAGACCAGCACCCCACCAAUGGCUGCACCCCCACCGCCCACAGCCCUGACCCCGGCUGCAGUUAACUCUUCUCCACCAGAUAAGCCACUGUCCAACAUGAGGAUCCUGACUCUUGGGAAGCUCUCCCAAACCAAAGAUGAAGUGAAGGGCACGAUCGAGAGACUUGGGGGAAAGUUGACGGGUACAGUCAACAAGGCCUCCCUGUGCAUCAGUACUAAAAAGGAGGUAGAAAAGAUGAAUAAGAAAAUGGAGGAAGUCAGAGAAGCCAACAUCCGUGUUGUGUCUGAGGACUUCCUCCAGGAUGUCUCUGCCUCCAUGAAAGGCCUCCAGGAGUUAUUCUCAGCCCACAUCUUGUCCCCCUGGGGGGCAGAGGUGAAGGCAGAGCCUUCAGAAGUAGCGGCCCCCGGAGGGAAGGUGGGGGCUGCGCUCCCCAAGAAGAGCAAGGGCCCCGGCAAGGAGGCAGGUGUCAACAAAUCUGAAAAGAGAAUGAAAUUGACUCUGAAAGGAGGAGCAGCUGUCGAUCCUGAUUCUGGCCUGGAGCACUCUGCACACGUCCUGGAGAAAGGCGGGAAGGUGUUCAGCGCCACCCUUGGCCUGGUGGACAUCGUUAAAGGAACCAACUCCUAUUACAAGCUGCAGCUCCUGGAGGGUGACAAAGAAGGCAGGUACUGGAUAUUCAGGUCCUGGGGCCGUGUGGGCACAGUGAUUGGUAGUAACAAACUGGAGCAGAUGCCAUCCAAGGAGGUUGCCAUUGAACACUUCAUGAAAUUGUAUGAAGAGAAAACUGGGAACUCCUGGCACUGCAAAAACUUCACCAAGCACCCCAAAAAGUUCUACCCUCUGGAGAUUGACUACGGCCAGGAUGAGGAGGCGGUGAAGAAGCUGACAGUGACCCCUGGCACCAAGUCUGAGCUCCCCAGGCCAGUGCAGGACCUCAUUAAGAUGAUCUUUGAUGUGGAAAGUAUGAAGAAAGCCAUGGUGGAAUAUGAGAUUGACCUUCAGAAGAUGCCCUUGGGAAAGCUAAGCAAAAGGCAGAUCCAGGCUGCGUACUCCAUCCUCAGCGAGGUCCAGCAGGUGGUGUCCCAGGGCAGCAGUGACUCCCAGAUCCUCGAUCUCUCAAAUCGCUUCUACACCCUGAUUCCCCACGACUUCGGGAUGAAGAAGCCCCCACUCCUGAACAACGCAGACAGCGUGCAGGCCAAGGUGGAAAUGCUGGACAACCUGCUGGACAUCGAGGUGGCAUACAGUCUGCUCAGGGCUGGGUCUGAUGAUGGCAGCAAGGACCCCAUUGACGUCAACUAUGAGAAGCUCAAAACUGACAUUAAGGUCGUGGACAAAGAUUCCAAGGAAGCCGAGACCAUCAGGAAGUACGUCAAGAAUACGCAUGCAAGCACGCAUAAUGCAUAUGACUUGGAAGUCAUUGAUAUCUUCAAGAUAGCACGCGAAGGGGAGAGCCAGCGCUUCAAACCGUUCAAGCAGCUGCAUAACCGGAGGCUGCUGUGGCACGGGUCCAGGACCACCAACUUUGCUGGCAUCCUGUCCCAGGGCCUCCGGAUAGCCCCGCCUGAAGCACCUGUGACAGGCUACAUGUUUGGGAAAGGUAUCUAUUUUGCUGACAUGGUCUCCAAGAGUGCCAACUACUGCCACACAUCUCAGGGGGACCCAGUAGGCUUAAUCCUGUUGGGAGAAGUGGCCCUUGGGAACAUGUAUGAACUGAAGCAUGCCUCGCACAUCAGCAAGUUGCCCAAAGGCAAGCACAGCGUCAAAGGUUUGGGCAAAACCACCCCUGACCCUUCAGCUAGUAUUACUGUGGAUGGUGCAGAGGUUCCUCUGGGGACUGGAAUCUCAUCUGGUGUGAGCGACACCUGCCUGCUGUAUAAUGAGUACAUUGUGUACGACGUUGCUCAGGUAAACCUGAAGUAUCUGCUGAAGCUGAAAUUCAACUUUAAGACGUCCCUGUGGUGAAUGAGACGUGGCUGAGCCGCAUCUCUGAGUUCACCUGCUGUGCUUUCCACCAGCUGACCAGACACCACCUCAGCUGGGUGGCCAUGGGGUAGCACCUUCACUAAAUCUCCUUAGAAGGGGUUUUAUAUGAACAUUUGAUCACAUGUUAAGCAAUUUUUCCCAGCAGAUGAAACUCCUUGUUUGUGUUGGGGGGGUGGGAGGGGCGUUGUUUGGGGGUUUUUCCCCUAUCAGCCGUAACCCUGGUAUGCAUGACUGACAAUAGGGAAGAGAAGUAGGGGGGAGGGUUUUUGUUCUAGACUAGUCCCUGUACAGCAAAAAUGUCCGCCUCACUGGCUUCCCCAGGAAAGGACAAAUGAUCUCCCACCCUUAUUUCUAAGUUCGUUUUUAGUUUUAGUUUUGGAAAAAUGUUAAACGUUUAUUUUGAGGUAAAAAUAAAACUAAUUUCUUACUCUUUAGAUUUUAUUUUGCACUUAUUGUCACCCUUUUAGCUUUUUUUCUUUUUUCUUUCUUCAGUGAGGAGUAUGGGGAGACCAAGAGGAAACAUUAAUAGCUUCUCAUAAUGUAGAAACAAAAAGUACUUUUCUAGACAAUGAAUAUGGGAGUUCUCAGAAUAUGUAGUAAAUUCAAAGUUGCAUUUGAAAUUCUCAAGUUUCCUAUGAGGAAUUCCAUCUUCCAAUUUAAAACUAUAUCACUGAUAAACCUUUCAAGGUCCAAUAGCAAUUCUCAAUUAAAAUGGAAAUGUUUUCUGUGA